UGCGGCCUCUCGGGCCGGCCCGGAGCUGCCGCGCGCGUCGUCGUGAUGCGCCGAGCCCGCAGGACCGCUGCCAAGUUGGGUGCGCCGGUCGGCCCGCCCGCGGGGCUGGCCUGGCCCGCCGACCCACCCAGACUGGGGCAUUUCCUCUGAGCUCAGCGAGAGGAGACGGACGGCGCUUCAGCAGCAGCAGCAGCAGCAGCAGCCCCUCUCGAGGCGGCGGCGGCGGCGGCGGGCCAGGGAGAGAGCGAGGGCCGCCCUCCUCCUCCUCCUCCUCCUCCUCCUCGAAGUUCCGGGCGGGCCGCCUGCGAGUCCCGGCGGGGCCGCCGCCCGCCACAAGCAAGAGGGAGCUCCCGCCGCAAAGCGAGCGGAGUCUGGGCGAGCGGGCUGCGGGCUCCCCCAAGGCCUCGCCUUCUCCCCCCCCCCCGCCGCGCUAAGGAGCCACAGGAGGCGGCGCCGGGGCAGGAAGGGGCAGCGGGGGGCCGCCCGCCCCACAGAGAGAGGAGGAGGAAGGAGGAGGAGGAGCAGAAAGGCGGCGGCGGCGGCGGCGACUCCCAGGACCAGGAGGCGCGCCCCGGCCGUCGGAAGUGGAAGGAGCUGCGCCUGAAGACCCGAGGCCGCUACGAUGGGCUGAAGGCGCGACCGCAAGAAGGAGAGGGACGAUUCCGGCGACAUCCCCAGAACUGGAGGCCGGCCGGAGGACUGUGAUGUGGCGGCCCCCCCGCGCCUCGAGCGCAAAGCACUCUGGACGCGCUCAGAGGCGCUCCUCGCCAUGGCGGCCUACAGCCUCAACCUGCGCGUCUUCUGGCCGCUGGUGACCUGCGGCUGCACGGCGCUGUUCUGCCUGCUGCGGAGCAAGGCCGGGGCGGCGGCGGCCACCUGGGACUGCGGCGUCUCCAGCCUGCCGCUGCUGAAGGGCUCGCUGCUGCUCUGCCUGCUGGCCUACUUGGCGCUGCGCGGCCGCGACUGGCUGCGGGCGAGGCGGCAGCGGGCGGGCGGCCGUGCCAAGCGGGGCGGCGCGGAGGAGGCCCGCCGCGCCACGGGAGGCGCCUGGGGGAGCCCGCCGGCUCGACGGCAGCAGCGGCGGCGGAGCUGGCUGGAGCGCUUCUACGAGCAGCAGCUGCGCCUCUCGCCCCACGUGCUGGGCCACAGCAAGGCGCACGUCAGCCUGGUGGUGGGCGAGGUGGUGCGCGCCGGCAAGGCCCGGGGCCGGCUGGCCUUGCGCGGCGACUUCGUGCAGGUGGGCAGCGCCUACGAGCAGCACAAGGUGCGCCUGAGCCCGGACGCCUUCGACGUGCUGGUGCCGCUGCGCCUGCCGCCCCGCCUGCAGCUGCGCGUCGAGCCGCGCCCCUCCUCGCCGGGGCUGCGCAAGGGCGGCGCCUUCGCUUGCGCCCUGCGGGUCUUGGCCGCCGCCGGCGAGGAGCGCGCCGGGGACGGGCCGCCGCUGAGCGAGGCGCUGUGCGUGGAGCUGGCGCCGGGCGCGGGCCGGCAGCUCUCCUCGGCGCUGGUGCUGCGCUGGUUCCAGGGCCACGUGCAGCGCAGCCUGGGCGCCGUGCGCUGCCGCCUGCAGGAGCGCUGCCGGGUGCGCCUGGCCGUGGGGCCCGGGCGCCCGCUGGCGCUGCACCUGGCGCCCUGCUCGGACUACGUCUGCUGCCACCUCUCGCUGGCGGUGCGCCUCAUCCCGGCCAUCCCGCUGGGCGAGGCGCUCUUCCUCACCGCCCCGCCGCCGCCGACCCCGGCGGGCAGCGCCUGCUGGACGCUCAACGUCUCCAAGCCCGAGCAGCGGCUGCUGGGCUGGCUGCGCGAGCAGGCGCCGCCCGACUCCUGCCACCUCAAGUGCCUGCAGCUGCUCAAGGGGCUGCGGGAGCUGGGCGCCCGCCGCGCGCCGGCCUCGCUGGGCGCGCACUGGGGCCGCGUGCUCUCCUCGGGCGCCCUCAAGACGGCGCUCUUCUGGCUGCUGCUGCGCGGCCCCCUGCACGCCUGGGCCGACGAGUUCCUGGUGCGCCGCCUGGAGGACCUGGUCCUCUUCCUCGUGGACGGCCUGCAGAGGCGGCGGCUGCUGCACGCCUUCUUCGGCAACGCCGCCGGCCUGCCCGAGGCGGUCGGCCUGCCCAAGAUCCUGAAGGAAGCCGCGCCCGUCAACCUCCUGGCCGCCUUCGACGGCCCCACCUUGGACCUGGUGGCCGCGCAUCUCCUGAGCACGUGGAGGCAGGCGCCCAGCAUCAUCCGCACGUGCGGCGGCGGCGGCCACAGUUGCAGGGGCCCCGAUCCUGUCUGAGGCCACCACUGGCGAGGCCUUCACUUCGCCUGAGCACGUCGGCAGCCAGCCUCAGGGGGCCAGCAAGAUCUUGUGCCUGCAGAAAUCCGCGCGGAGGUUCUCCAGGGGGAGGGGCCGCGUGUGGCUCUC